CGGCGAAGGCGGCGGCGGCGGCGGCGGCGUCUGCGACCUCCAUUGUUCUACGCAUCUUCGACGAGAAGCAAGCUUUCCCUUCGAAGCCCUCUCUCUUCGCUCUCUCUCUGUAAGAAAGAGCGGAUAAUGGGAGCGUCGUCUUCGUCGGAUCGGAAGGUCUCGUCGGAGCAGCGGGAGAUCGAGUCCCUCGCCGCCGCCGCCGGCGCUCUCCCGAUGCUCCGCAAGGCUUUCGCCGACCUCGCCGAUCCCCAGACGAGCGCGGUUCCCGUCGCCUCUCUUCAGCGCUGCUUGAGCUUGUGCUUUGACGAGCCGAUUCGCUCGGCGCCUAGAGCGCCGGAAUCGUUUUCCGGGUUGCUGGAAAACUUGGGGGCUUCUAUAGUUGACGUGUUCUUCGUGGCUGACAAGGGUGGAUUGAGUUGGGUGGAGUUUGUGAGAGGCUAUGUUAAGUGCUGCGGGAGGAUGGCCGCAUCGAUGGUGCUCGCUAAUCUGCUGAGAGUUUUCGCGCUGGCGGCGAAUAAGGCGGGGCAUCAGGUGGAUUUGCAGUUUGAGUCUGAUGAAGCUGAUCAUUGUAAAGUAGGGGGACAUCUUACGCCUGCGGACGUGCUGAUGCUUCUCUGGAUGUGCUGGACUAUGUUGUGGAGUAGUAAGGUUCGUGAGUUGCCUAAAGGGAAGGCGGCCUUGUUUCUGCCGGAUAUUGGUUGUCUGGUUUCGUCGGCGGUGGUGUCAUGUGUUGAGAAUGGCAGUAGUUUGGAUUUGUGGAAUUUCGACUUUUUGGGCUCGGAAGUUCAGCUUCCCGCCAGGAAGUUUGUUGCUUGGGCUUUGGCGACGGUGCCGACUCUCCCAGAUUGCUUUUCACAGUUUGUUCAUGAACGUCUUGGAAACUCUACCAUUUCACAGCAGGAUGAACUGGAGCCUUCAAAUUCAUCAUCAGGGGACAUCACUUCAGUAGAGGCAUGUGGUGCGCAUCUACUUACCCCGGGAAGGGCGUGGGCUAUUUCGCUCACAGUCAGAAAUGCAUUGAGGGAAGAGAUAUUAACACAUUGCUUUUGCAGCAAUCGUGACAAGAUAGAAGAAAGCCUUCUAUAUAGGUCAUCUCUCCAUGGGAAAGGCUUGAACAGAUUCUGGUCGAAUACUGAAGGUUAUCUUGGUCCCCUGCUUUUGUUGGUUUCUGGUUAUUCUGGAGAUUCUCACGAGACUAAUACUAGAGACAAGAAAUGGGUCAUUGGUGUACUGAUACAGCAGGGCUUUGAAAGUAGGGAUCAUUUCUAUGGAAGCCCUGGAAAUCUCUAUGCUAUCGAUCCGCUUUUCAGUGCAUAUUUACCCUCUGGUAAGGAGAAGAAUUUCGUAUAUUCCCACUUGCAUCCCUCUGCAAGAGUAUAUGAGCCACAUCCAAAGCCUGUGGGACUUGGGUUUGGAGGAACCAUAGGCAAUGAGAGAAUAAUUAUUGACGAAGAUUUUGCUAGAAUUACUCUUCGCCAUCAUGCUGUGGACAAAACUUAUCAAUCGGGUCCCCUCUUCCCAAAUCAGGGAUAUCUUCCUGUUGAUGCUUUUAUAUCAGAAGUUGAAGUUUGGGGAUUAGGGGGUACAAAAGCCAAGGAGGUGCAAGUUUUAUUUAAGAAUAGGGAACAACUUUUUACUGAGCAGAGGCGCAAGGUCGACUUAAAGACAUUUGCCAGCUGGGAAGAUUCACCUGAGAAGAUGAUGAUGGACAUGAUGAACGAUCCGAACAGAGUUCAGCGGGAAGACCGGUAACACGAAUCUCAGAGGUGAAGUUCAUCCAGUUGACUUUUGUUGCUUGCCGUUGGUUUAGAGGUUGAAGGUCGGUCGGGACUAUGCCAAUCCUUCGACGUGGCUAAACUUCGAAGCAGAAUCAGUUAGGCCUUCAACGACAGUGCUGACAGCUGAGGCACAUGUACAUACCGGAUACUUGUGCACACAUCCUUGCCUACUUAGCCAGUUGCAUGUGUAUGACCGCCCAGUUGUGUUUGUUUUCCCAUUUGUAUGAUUCUGCAUGUUUGAUGACCGUAAGUGACUACGAAACUUCCUCUAGCAUCUCUGCUUGUCGGAACUAUGCCGACUCGAGUGAC